GGUAAAACAUCAAGUGGAAUACUUAGGUCUUAAAGAAAAUAUUCGAGUAAGAAGAGCUGGCUAUGCCUACAGGCGGGUUUUCAAGAAGUUCUUGCAAAGGUACGCCAUUCUGACCAGAGCAACCUGGCCUUCCUGGAAAGGAGAAGAGAAACAAGGAGUUCUCCACCUGCUUCAGUCAGUCAACAUGGAUCCUGACCAAUACCAGCUUGGGAAGUCCAAAGUCUUCAUCAAAGCUCCAGAGUCUCUGUUUUUGUUAGAAGAGAUGAGAGAGAGGAAGUAUGAUGGAUAUGCCAGGGCCAUCCAAAAGGCAUGGAGGAAGUAUGUGGCCAGGAAAAAAUAUGUACAGAUGAGAGAAGAAGCAUCAGAUCUAUUGCUGAACAAGAAAGAGAGAAGACGGAACAGCAUUAACAGGAAUUUUGUGGGAGACUACAUAGGCAUGGAAGACCAUCCAGAGCUACGCCAGUUUGUUGGCAAACGGGAGAAGAUUGAUUUUGCAGACACUGUAACUAAAUAUGAUAGACGGUUUAAGACCGUGAAGCGAGAUCUUGUCCUCACUCCAAAGUGCAUAUACCUGAUUGGCCGUGAAAAGAUAAAGCAGGGUCCAGAGAAAGGCCAAGUGAAAGAAGUCUUAAAGCGAAGGAUGGAAGUAGAGAGAAUUCUUUCUGUUUCUCUAAGCACAAUGCAGGACGACAUCUUCAUUCUACAUGAGCAGGAGUAUGAUAGUUUGCUUGAAUCGGUCUUCAAAACGGAGUUUUUAAGUCUCUUAUCAAAACGAUAUGAAGAGAAAACACAAAGAAAACUACCUCUGAAAUUUAGCAAUACACUUGACGUGAAGCUGAAAAAGGAGAGUUGGGGGCCCUGGAGCAGUGCUGGUUCUCGACAAGUGCAAUUUAUGCAAGGUCAAGGAGAUAUAGCCAUUCUCAAGCCAAGUAAUAAAGUGCUGCAGAUCAGCAUCGGACCAGGGCUACCGAAGAAUUCCCGUCCUACUAGACGGAACCUUACCCAAAGCAGAGGGUAUUCCUACAGGUCUCAAAGUCAGACUUAUCCUAUGAGAGCUGCACCACCUCCUCCUGGUCAGCAGCAAAAUGGAGUAAUAAACCCCGCCCAGUUUGUACCAUUUCCCCAUGUCCCAGGAAAUCAACAGGCCAAUCAGAAAAACCUGUAUACAAACAUGACACGACCAGCUUUACCACGGCAACUGUCAAGAGGGUCCGGCAAGAUUUCACAGCAACCAGAAAGCUUGGAUUUCCUGAAAGUACCUGACCAAGGAGCAGCCGG